CACUCAGUAGCUGUGUCGCCGGCUGCCUGGGGGGGCCCUGGAUAGUGAGGCUGCGUGGGCCCGACUGCCAGCUGGAGGACAUCAGUGUGUCUCCAGGCUGCUUAAUAUCCUGAGUGGAACCUCUCUCUGUUGGCUCAGUUUGACCAGGUAAACCUUGAGCUGCACAUUAGCCUUGGCCUCAUCACUCUGGUAUCGGUGGUCACCAUGAAGCGGCUGCACCCAGCCCUUCCUAGCUGCCUCCUGUUGGUGCUGUUUGGUAUAUGGAGAACUGCCCCCCAGACUCAUGCCUCGUCUGCUGGCCUGCCGCCCCUCAGUGCCACCUCCUUCCUGGAAGAUCUCAUGGACCGCUAUGGAAAGAAUGACAGCCUUACCCUGACACAGCUGAAGUCCCUGCUCGACCACCUGCAUGUGGGAGUGGGCCGGGAUAAUGUUUCCCAGCCCAAGGAAGGACCCAGGAACCUCUCCAUGUGCUUUAGCUCUGGAGACCUCUUUGCGGCCCACAACUUGAGCGAGCGAUCUCAGAUCGGGAUGAGUGAGUUCCAGGAGUUCUGCCCCACCAUUCUCCAGCAGCUGGAUUCCCAGGCCUGCACCUCAGAAAACCGGAAGUCUGAGGAGAAUGAACAGACAGAGGAGGGGAAGCCAAGCGCCAUUGAAGUAUGGGGGUACGGUUUCCUCUGUGUUACCGUCAUCUCCCUCUGCUCCCUUAUGGGGGCCAGCGUGGUGCCCUUCAUGAAGAAGACUUUUUACAAGAGGCUGCUGCUCUACUUCAUAGCCUUGGCGAUUGGAACCCUCUACUCCAACGCCCUCUUCCAGCUCAUCCCAGAGGCUUUUGGCUUCAACCCUCAGGACAAUUACGUCUCCAAGUCUGCAGUGGUGUUUGGGGGUUUCUACCUUUUCUUUUUCACAGAAAAGAUCCUGAAGAUGCUCCUGAAGCAGAAAAACGAGCACCAUCAUGGGCAUAACCAUUUUACCUCCGAGACACUUCCUUCCAAGAAGGACCAGGAGGAGGGUGUGACCGAGAAGCUACAGAACGGGGACCUGGAUCACAUGAUCCCUCAGCACUGCAACAGCGAGCUGGAUGGCAAGGCGCCUGGCACGGACGAGAAGGUCAUUGUCAACUCCAUGUCUGUGCAGGACCUGCAGGCAUCCCAGAGUGCUUGCUACUGGCUCAAGGGGGUCCGCUACUCUGAUAUCGGUACCUUGGCCUGGAUGAUCACCCUGAGCGAUGGGCUCCACAAUUUCAUCGAUGGCCUGGCUAUUGGUGCCUCCUUCACUGUGUCUGUCUUCCAGGGCAUCAGCACGUCAGUGGCCAUUCUCUGUGAGGAAUUCCCUCACGAGCUGGGAGACUUUGUCAUCCUGCUCAAUGCUGGCAUGAGCAUCCAGCAGGCUCUCUUCUUCAACUUCCUCUCUGCCUGCUGCUGCUAUUUGGGUCUGGCCUUUGGCAUCCUGGCUGGCAGCCACUUCUCUGCAAACUGGAUUUUUGCGCUGGCUGGAGGAAUGUUCUUGUAUAUUGCCCUAGCCGAUAUGUUCCCUGAGAUGAAUGAAGUCUGCCAGGAGGAUGAGAAGAAGGACAGCUUUCUGGUCCCCUUUGUCAUCCAGAAUCUUGGCCUCCUAACCGGCUUCUCCAUUAUGCUGGUCCUCACAAUGUAUUCAGGGCAGAUUCAGAUAGGGUAGGACCCUGCCAGUGGGGAGCCAGUGGCAUUGGACAUCGGGCUCUGGGCCCCCAUCUGGUCCCUGGCCCGAGGACUCAGCAUCCACGAAGCAUCAUGAAAAAGGCAGCUCUUUAAAAACUGGCACAGACUUGUCUGCCUGCAUUCAGAUGUCAUCUGUUUCAAAUGCUCUGUCCUAGGAAGAAGCUGCCCUGGGAAUCUCUAGGUAGUGCCUCGAACUGUUGUCUCCCGACCCUUCCCACUGAUGAUUCUGGAGCUGAAGUGCCACAUGUAGGACACACCUCCCUUUUCCUUCUGGCCACCCUCCUCCCUUUCUCUUGGAAGAAGCACUGAGAGAUGUGGAAUCUUUUACAAUGUAAAAACGAAGCCAGUGGUCAUGGUUUGGUUAGAAAUAUCAGUGUGGCUUCCAGCUUUGGGGCCUGUGAUUCUAAAUGUGUGUACCCAGGAUUUCAGGUCGGUCCAUUUUGGCAUGGGUUCUCAUGUUUUUACAGAGAAGAGGGCAGAAGACAAGACUCCUGUGGUUUUCAGUCUGUUAACUGUUCUCUGAAAAGGCUGACUUUCCGAUGAGUAUGGCAGGCAGAGGGGCAGGGGAUUGCCUGAGUGAGGAGUGGGUAGUGGGUAGUGAUGGAUGUCCUGUCUCCUUGGUGCAUGCGUGCGGGUUGCUUGCAGCAUCUGGAGUCACAUAAUCAUCCAGGCGAGCCACUGUGGGCAUUCUCUGGCGUGGCAGGAGGUCUGCUAAAUCAGUUGUUUUUGCCCUGAUCCUCACGCCUUCCUAUUGCUUACUUUUUCUAGUUAACUUUGUAGAUGCCUCACGGGGAGCGUGGUCAGAGCACAUUUAAAGGUGUUUGCAUUAGGAGGGAAACUGCACAAAUCAAUCUCCCCUGGUCAAGAUUUCUGCCCAGUAGAACCUGACUCAUAGACUCAGGACACAGUUGUUUAUGCCUUUUUGUGACCAAGGUGAUUGGGAAUGGAGUCAUUGCAGGCCAGACUUAGGACUUGCUAAUUGCAGAAAUAAUAGUUGAAUACCAUGGGACUCUGGACCUUGAGGUCAAUUCUUGAGGUCAGGACUGCAGACGUCAUUGCUGGGUUUUAAAGGACACCAUCUAGCUACCACUUCCUCCCCAGUCCCAGACAACAAGAUUGAAUACUGAAUUGAAUCGAGUGUAAAUUGCUUUCAUUUGGUCCAGAAAAACAAAACAAAACCAGAUGCUUGACAUUUCACACCACAAGCCAGCCUCAAGCGCUGUGCAGCCCCCUCCUCAGAACUCUGGCUUCCAGGGGAGCUAAUCUCCAGGUUCACUAAGUGAAUUAAUUUAUUAUUAUCAUAUUGAUACAUGGAUUCCUUAGCCACUUUGGAGAGCCAGUCUCUCCCGGAGCCUUUCUUAGUGGUGCCCACAGUCACAGUCCAGGAGCCAUUGUUCGCAUGACUUACAGUACUGAAUCAUUGCCAAUCCCUGAGUCUUUCUGUUCUUACCACAGGAAAACUGUCCAUUAAAAGCAGUGUGCAUAUAUAUAUAUAUGCAUAUAUAUAUAUAUAUGUAUAUGCACUCACAUGUAUUCAUAUA